GUUUGCCUGAUAUUUGUACUCGUUUGCAUCGUCAAUUGAACACUCGACGUGGAGACAAACCCCACCAAAUAGAAAAGAUGAAAUUUCAUUUACCAUUUUCAUUUGUUGGAGGCUCUGUCCUUCUCGUUAUCGGAUGCUGUUUGUUGUCCGCGGAUGCGAAUCCGUCCGGUGCGCCGGAAACGGCCUGCACGACAAUGACUCCGCAACACGGUGUCGACUGGCAAACCAUUCCAUGUCCGUUUGAAAUCAUCGUAGACAAGACGAAAAUGUAUCCCAGUGAAACGCUAAACAUCCGUCUGGGCAUUAAAAAUAACGUGAACGUUAGCGAUCCUGAAGCUCGCGGAUUCAAAGGUUUCAUGGCCAUGGCGUUUGAUCCUAGCAGCCCCGAUGUUCAGCCAUUAGGCACAUUCGACACUAAGGCUUCUACUGAGAUAAAGACAAUGAACUGCCCUAGUCCGUUUCGAGAACCCAACACAGUGAAGCAGAACGUUGCCGCAACCCACACCAAUAACGGAUUUAAGAAGACGGUCGAGUUAGUCUGGACACCACCGGCCGAUUUCCUUGGACCCAUCAUUAUCGUGGUGACGUUUGUGCAUGAGAAGGAGAUUAUGUGGGUCAAAGAAAAUUCUGAAUUUAUCCAAGUUGUGCCCGACCCAGGGCCAACCUCAACGACGGAGACAACACCGUCGACUACAACAACACCGACGACUACAACAACACCGACAACUACCACUACCGUGCCACCGACGACGACAGGAGCUAGAUCGUCUGCAAUAGAAUGGAACGUAUUGUUUGGUGUUACCAUUAUCAGCCUCUUAGCUCGCAACCGGUUCUAGAAUUUACCAACUAUUUGACUAAACUCUUUUCAAAACGCGUAACGUGCACAUGUUUAUCAACAUGAGAGACGGAAGAAAAAGAAACCAAAUACAAUUCGAACGUCCAAA